AUGGCUUUAGAAAGCAUCCUUAUGCUUCAUUUUGCAAUUCUACUUCUCUGCUUUUGCACAGGCAUAUUUCAUGUUGCAGAAUCAACUGCUCUUAGCAUUGUCUCUGACAAGGAGGCACUGAUGUCUCUUAAGUCUCAGAUAAAUAUGGAAAUGUCUAAUCCCUUAUCCACUUGGGACCAAGAUUCAUCAUCUCCUUGCAAUUGGACUGGAGUUGUCUGCAACAGAAAUGGCCAAAGAGUGAUAGGACUGGACCUUUCAGGCCUCAGACUAUCAGGCUCUAUAAGCCCUUACUUGGGCAACCUGUCCUUCCUUAGAUCACUUCAAAUGCAGAAUAACCAAUUGACAGGAAACCUCCCUGAGCAACUUGGCAAUCUCUUUCGUCUUAGAUCAUUGAAUGUGAGCUUCAACAGCCUGACUGGUGCUAUACCAAGUAACAUUAGUCAGUGCAAAGAGCUCAGAGUCCUUGACUUGAUGCAAAAUCGGAUGACGGGGGGAAUUCCUGAAGAGAUUGGCCAAUUGAAAGAACUUCAAGUUUUGAACCUGGCGAGAAACCAGCUCUUUGGUCCAUUCUCAUCUUCGCUAGUAAACAUUUCAACCCUUACCAACUUAAAUCUAGGCACCAACUCACUAGAUGGACCGAUACCAAGUGAUUUGUCCCAUCUACGAAACUUGAAGUAUCUUGAUCUCACAAUUAAUAAUUUCACUGGUACAGUCCCUGCCUCUAUUUACAACAUGUCUUCCCUUGUUUAUUUAGCUUUGGCUUCCAAUGAUUUGUGGGGUGAUCUUCCCAGCAAUGUUGGAGUAACGCUUCCAAAUCUUCUAGGCUUCAAUUUUUGCAUCAAUAAAUUCACUGGUACAAUUCCUGGAUCCUUGCACAAUCUUACAAGGAUACGAAUAAUCCGCAUGGCACAUAAUCUUUUGCAUGGAAGUGUUCCUCCAGGAUUAGGGAAUCUUCCUGAUCUUGAGAUGUAUAACAUCGGGUACAAUAGGAUUGUUAGUUCAGGUACUAAUGGCUUUAGUUUUCUUGAGUCCUUGAAAAAUAGUACUCGUUUAAACUUCCUUGCAGUUGAUUCCAAUCUCUUAGAAGGUGUAAUUCCAGAGACCAUAGGCAAUCUUUCUAAAGUUCUUAAAAAGUUUUACAUGGGAGGAAACCGUGUCUAUGGCAGUAUACCGCCCUCAGUUGGCCAGCUUAGAGGCUUAGAGUUGCUAGACAUGAGUAAUGAGGCAAUUUAUGGUGAAAUUCCCCCAGAAAUUGGCCAGUUGGAGGAACUACAAGUAUUGGGAUUGGCUGGAAAUCUAUUGUCAGGAAAAAUCCCAAAUUCCCUUGGCAAUCUCCAGAAGUUGAACAAGAUUGACCUAUCAAAAAAUGAAUUGCUGGGUAGUAUACCUGCUACCUUCAAAAACUUCCAAAGUCUACUUUCCAUGGACUUAUCCAACAAUAAGCUCAAUGGAAGCAUUCCACCAGAAAUCCUCCAUCUUCCAAGUUUAAGCGCUUUUCUCAAUCUUUCUAGGAAUUGUCUUACAGGUCCUCUGCCAGAAGAAGUUGGAUUCCUGGAAGGAGUUGUUACAAUUGACAUAUCUGACAACCGUCUAUCAGGUGAAAUUCCAAAGGCAAUUGGGAACUGUAAGAGCUUGGAGCAUUUACUACUUGCCAGAAACAUGCUGUCAGGCCAUAUUCCAGACACUCUAGGAGAUAUAAGGGGAUUGGGAACUCUUGAUCUUUCCUUAAACCAACUCAAUGGCACAAUUCCCUUUGAUCUUAAGAAUUUGCAGGCACUUCAGGUCCUUAAUCUCUCUUUCAACAAUUUGGAAGGAGAUGUCCCCUCUGGUGGAGUUUUUGUAGACCCUUCCAAAGUUCAUUUGGAAGGCAACAAAAACCUCUGCCUGGAAACGACAUGCAAUAAUAGGCACGCUCAUCGCAGACGGUUAAUAUUGGUGUCCAGUCUAAUUGGAGCACUAAUAGCAGUGUGUUUCACAGUUGCCUUUCUAUUUUACCUCCGAAAGGGCAAAGCAAAAGUAGAAACAACAUCUGAAUCCCUUAAGCAUCGGCAUAGAAUGAUUGCUUACAAUGAGCUCUGCCUUGCUACCAAUAAUUUCAGCAAAGAAAAUCUUGUUGGGAUUGGGAGCUUUGGAUCUGUAUACAAAGGACAAUUGACAGAAGGAACUGCUGUUGCGGUUAAGGUCAUCAAUACAGAGGCGACUGGAUCCUGGAAGAGCUUUACAGCAGAAUGUGCAGCUUUGAGACACGUGAGGCACAGGAAUCUAGUUAAACUUAUCACCACUUGCUCCAGCAUUGACUUCAAGAAUUCAGGUUUUCUGGCUUUAGUUUAUGAAUUCAUGAGCAAUGGUAAUUUGGAAGACUGGAUAACAGGGAAGAGGAGGACUUCUGAUGGAGAGGGGCUCAAUGUUGUCGACAGAUUGAAUGUAGCGAUUGAUAUUGCCUGUGCCAUAAAUUAUCUUCACCAUGAAUGUGAGGCCCCCAUAGUGCACUGUGAUUUGAAGCCUAGCAAUAUUCUUCUGGAUUCAGACAUGACGGCAAAGGUUGGAGAUUUUGGACUGGCCAGGUUGCUGAUCAACAACGGUGGUGAUCAACCUUCAAUCAGCUGUACACAUACUCUGAAGGGAUCCAUAGGCUACAUACCUCCAGAAUAUGGCUUUGGAGAAAAACCAUCCACAGCUGGAGAUGUCUACAGUUUUGGAAUUCUGUUGCUAGAACUCUUCACAGGCAGAAGCCCAAGACAUGCAAGUUUCACGGAAGGAUUAAGCUUAAAGAAGUGGGUAGACAUCAAUUCUCACACAAACAUUGAGGAAGUGCUGUACCCGGAAUUACACGAGGAAGGUGAUUCCAUUGACCAAGAAAUCCAAGGUGAUUGCCUGAUCAAAGUCAUGGGGAUAGGCCUGUCUUGUGCUGCAGAUUCUCCUGAUAACCGCAUAACCAUGAGAGUUGCUCUGCACAGACUGAAAGCCAUAAGAGAUGCUCUUCUCAAGCCUGAUAGGCAUAAAAAUUCCAAGUCCUUAAUGCACCAUUAA